AUGGUUGUAAACGCGGCGCAGCUUGCCACAUAUUCACAAGCUAAACAAUAUCUCAUGUCAGCUGGCCUUAAGGAAGGAAUUCAACUACAUUUUUGUGCAUCAAUGAUAAGUGGACUCGCUACUACGGCAGCAAGUAUGCCUGUUGACAUAAUCAAAACAAGGAUACAGAAUAUGCGAGUUAUUAAUGGUAAACCUGAAUUUACUGGAAUUUCUGAUGUUGUUGGACGGGUACUCAAAAAUGAAGGAUUUUUUGCGCUUUGGAAAGGAUUUUUACCAUAUUAUAUGCGACUUGGACCUCACACUGUAAUUUUUAAUAGUAACAAUUUUUUAACAAAUUCGACCUUUAGAAAUUACUAA